GCGUCGUUCCCAUGGUAGAAUAAAAUAAGAAACAAAAAGAAAACGGUAUCAUCAUCGGAGCGACCAAAACCUUUCUGUUUUUCUCAUCUGAAAUCAUAAACUCAGAGUUAUCCACCGGCGAGCGGCGGCUCGUACUCAAAGAUGAAAAAGGAAGAGUGGAAGAGAAAAGAGCUCGUCAUAUUAGUAUUAUACGCGACCGCGUUCUACACUUUCAUAAUCCGUCGAUCGCUUCAACUCUCUCACGAUCAUGCAGCUAAGCUAUACGGUUUGCGGAGUGGAGUUCUCCCUACUUAUCUUAAUGACAUGUCUGAUGCUCAAUGGAGAAAUUUUCGCGGAAACUUACCGAUUCUUACAGCGGUUUUUGGGGGUUUUGGUGUGUUGGCAAAUGGUUUAAGGGCUUUUUUUGGUUUAAAAGCUAAGGGAAUGUCUUUUGUUUGGCUUUUCAUUUCUAUGGUGUAUCUAUCAUAUCUUCAUGGAGCUUGCAUUCUAUUCAUACUCAUUAUUGCUUCUGCUAAUUUUGUUUUAGUAAAGAUGUUUUCCCAAACCGACUACUUUUCGUUUCUAUUGUGGAUUUUUAAUAUUUUUUUCCUUCUAUGCAAUCGCGUUUAUGAAGGCUAUUCAUUCUCCAGUUUUGGGCAAAGAUGGGUGUAUUUGGACAACUUCCGAGGCACCUUUAGGUGGCACAUUUGCUUUAAUUUUGUAAUCUUGCGCAUGAUAAGCUUUGGAUAUGAUUAUCGUUGGGCACUUCAAGAUUCUCAGUUUGAUCAGAAGAAGCAUUUUCAACGUUGCUAUGUUUGCAAGUCAGGAAAAACAUGCUACCAGUUUCUACAGGAGAGAAGUGCCCCAAAUUCCAGUUUCUCCUUCAGCGUAUACCUUUCUUACUUGAUAUAUGCACCCCUCUAUAUUGCUGGGCCAAUUACAAGCUUCAAUGCCUAUGCCUCACAGUUAGAAAUGCCCCAGAAGAAUUACACAGUACGAGACGUUUCUUGGUAUGGGCUACGUUGGAUAUUUAGCUUUUUUCUGAUGGAACUUUUGACCCAUCUUUUUCAUUUCAAUGCGUUUGCAAUCAGUGGUCUAUGGAAAUCGUUGUCUCCUGUUGACAUAUUCAUCGUAGGAUACGGGGUCUUGAACUUCAUGUGGUUAAAAUUUUACCUCAUUUGGCGCUAUUUCCGAUUUUGGUCGCUGAUUUGUGGCAUAGAGGCGCCUGAGAACAUGCCAAGGUGUAUUAAUAAUUGCUACAACCUGGAGAUAUUUUGGAAAAGUUGGCAUGCUUCAUUUAAUAAAUGGCUUGUGCGGUACAUGUAUAUUCCCCUUGGGGGAACACAGAGAAAGCUACUCAACGUAUGGGUCAUAUUCACAUUUGUUGCGAUCUGGCAUGAUCUAGAGUGGAAACUCUUAUCAUGGGCAUGGCUGACGUGUUUGUUCUUUAUCCCAGAAAUGUUGUUGAAGUCGAUUGCAAAUAGAAUGCAGGCAGAGAAUGCUUUUGGAGAGUUGCUUUUCAGAGAACUUAAAGCAAUUGCUGGUGCUAUCACUAUCACAUGUCUAAUGGUAGCAAACCUCGUUGGGUAUGUUAUUGGACCAUCGGGCAUUAAUUGGUUGGUUUCACAAUUUCUUACGAGAAAAGGACUGCCUGUUUUGGGUGGCAUGUUUAUAACAUUUUACGUGGGGACAAAGCUAAUGUUCCAUAUUGAUGAUGCCAAACAAAGGAAGCAAGCACUCAAUUAAAUUAAGUUGCCUGUCUUGUGGUACUCGAUUGUGACUUUGAAAUAGAUUAGAGUCUUACAUAACUUACUAUGUACAUUUUGCCAAGCAAUCAAUAUUCAAGAUUAGCUUGCCUGAAUAGUUUAUUUCUCCAAAUUUUAUUGCAAAGUGUCGAAUUUUAAAUGUUAA